GUCAAUGCGCAGAACAAAACAGCUUCACAGAUCAAGAGGAUUACGGUUUUAUCAAUUGAGCGCCGGUUGAAUUUGCAAAAUGGAGGCAAAGGAAAAAGAUGUGGUUCAUCAGGAUGCAAUUCACGUUGAGAUGAUACGGAAAGAGCAAAGACAACAAAGACUCUACGUUGAGUUUAGCAUCAACCCACACAGGAAGUUACACAUCCUACCAGACAAACCCAUGAGCAGAAAACCACAAGAAGCGAUUCCAGAAAACUCCGACUUCCUCGAAGCAUUCCACAAAGCUCGCCAGGUGCCCACUAAGAAAUAUCCCAUGCCACUGACUGAAAGUCAGGAGAUCGGGUGGUUGUCGACAGACCUGAUUCCAACAAAUCGCAAAGACAACAGAUUCAAUUUCUUCCGACACAGCUCAGACAUCACCGAGCACCAAGAGUCUGUUUUGCGCUUUUCAAAAUAAACCAAGGGCAAAAGCAA